CACACGUGCACACCACACUUCAGAACGCGGUCAUUUGCCUGAAUGGAAGAAGAUAACUUCGGUCAAUAUGGCUUGCAAUUUGGUCGUUGGAAAUUGCAAGAUCUCGCGAGUUUAGGUGAGCAAAUGAUGGAGGAAUCGGAAUAUGAAUCUUUACCAACAGAGAACAUCGGUGUACAUAUGCUAGCGGGCGGAUUUGCCGGAGUUAUGGAACAUUGUGUAAUGUACCCUAUUGAUUUUGUCAAGACGCGAAUGCAAAGCUUACGUCCAAACCCCAAUGCAAUUUAUCAAAAUGUUGCCCAUGCUCUAAAGACAAUCUCGAAAAAAGAAGGAGCAAAGACUGUAAUUCGUGGUGUGAAUAUUGUGAUAGCUGGAGCUGGUCCAGCUCAUGCUGUUUAUUUUGCUUCUUAUGAAGUUGCAAGGAAGUCGCUUGGCAAUGUCCGUUCAUCAUCAGGACAGAACAACCCUGUUGCUAAUGCUGUUGCUGGUGCAGUUGCCACAUUAUGCCAUGAUGCUGCUAUGAAUCCAGUUGAUGUUAUCAAGCAAAGAAUACAAGUAUAUAACAGUCCAUAUCAGGGUGUUUUGGACUGUACAAGGCAUGUGUGGAAAACUGAGGGUAUUACUGCAUUCUAUCGCAGUUACACAACACAAGUGACAAUGAACAUUCCAUUUCAAAGUUUACAUUUUGUUGUGUAUGAGUUUAUGAGAGAACAUUUAAACCCACAACACAAUUACAACCCAAAGACUCACUUGAUAGCAGGUGGCACUGCUGGUGCCAUUGCAGCAGCGGUAACAACCCCACUUGAUGUUGCAAAGACUUUACUAAACACUCAAGAGCAAAAUGCUGUUGGGGCAAUCAUGAGCCAAGGACAUAAACAGCCUUUUGUGACAGGAAUGGUUGAUGCAGUAAGGACUAUACACAAGCUGCAAGGAUUCCGAGGCUAUUUUCAAGGGCUUCAAGCACGAGUUCUGUACCAGGCUCCAUCAUGUGCAAUUUGUUGGUCGUCCUAUGAAUUUCUGAAGUUUUGGUUCAUACCUGAUGAAGAUUGUCAGAGAAUGGAAGUGAAAAUGAAUUCCUAGAGGUAUUUGAUGCCAGGGAGCUCUAGAGAGAAGAAUAUUAGAAUUUUUAUUUAGUUGAGGAACUGGAUAUAAAUAUACAAAAUGACCGAAAGUACUUUUUGGUCAACUGUAUUGAACGCCAAGUGGCAUAAAGUGAGAAAUGUUUCACCAGUGGAAAUCACUGUGACCAUAUGCUAUAGAAUUUAUUUUACAAUAUAUUUGGCCAACCAUGGAGACUGUUUCAUGUGUCCUUUUCCAUAUAUGGGGUUGCCAACCAGUGUAGAUUGCUAUCCUAAUUAGAGCAGCUGAGAGAGAACAGAUUGUUUGUGCAAACUUUUAGUUUUGAGCAAACCACCUUUGUCUGGUAGUGAGUGGAAGAACAACCUGAAAUCCUAUUUGAUUCACUAAUCUUUCUAAUUACACAACACUAUACUCUUGCUAAAACCUUGUAAUAUCAUGGUCUGUAAAGGGUUGUUGGCAUAGAGGAAGUGAUUUCAUCAAUUAAGUUAUUUCUUUGUCACAUAAAAAAUUCAAAUUAUUACUUAUGUGCUUGCAUGUGGCCCCAGUAGAAAUGAAUUGUUUGAAAUAUGGAUUACCGGUACACAAAAUGAAAAAUAGAUUCACUUUGUUGUACCUGCGAAAAAUUUUGCUGGAGAAAACACAAUGGUUUUAUUAUAGGAGUUGAGGUGUAUUUAUUAUUCCAAAUAUUUACACAAUAAAAUAACUAUU